AUGGCACCGGCCUCGUCUACGGAGGCUCCGGCGCUGACUCCUCAGUUCUGUUUCAACGAGAGGUUGCUCCGAGGUGCGUGGAUCAGCCGUACUAUGACAGCCCCUUCAGCUAAUCCGAAAAUCGACUCAGACUUCCUUCGCCUCUCCCGCUCUACUAUUGAUGACUCGAUUACGCAGAAUUUAAAUGCACUAGUAACUCCCGCCCGUGGGGGAUUCGACCCAGCUUCUACUGCCGUCCGACAAACCGACUCUCAAGCGCGAACAACGAUCGAUUCUACCGCCUGUCGGGGCUUCAAAAAUAAUGUGCUUUUCCCAUCAUGGCAGACUCGAUCAGAUGUAUUGAAUUACUGUGCCGGUGUUGCGACUAGCCCAGAUCCUGAAGAUCCGGAUUUGAUCCUGCGCGAGACUGAGUCCGCUCGGGAUCGCGAGCGGGUUGUCAAUGAGCGAUUGGAUCCAUAUUCGGCCCGUUUCUUCCCUCGAGAAGCACGAACCGAAUCCCUGGCAACCCUGGUUCGGAACCAGCGCGCCGUGGAGGAGAUCAUCCGGGCGCGGACAUGGGGCAUGGUGACCGAGAGAUGCGGUGGCUCUUUUUCUUCAUGGGAGGAUGCUCUCAAUAGCUGGCGCAAUACUCAUCAACGAUGA